AAGUGGAAAAGAGUGUUAUUUGUCAAAAAACCCACACGACGACGGUCAUUUUUUCGCCGUGCUAUUUUAAAAUUAUCUUUUAUCUGUGUUUUGUGUUCCGGGGGACCCCGACUCCAGAAUGUGAAAGUUUCCCGCGUGAAGCCGUGGAGCUCGAGAUCCUGUUUACUGUGGACUAGCUGUGUGUGACGCCAUGUUGUUUUUGUUUCCAUUACAAAAAAAGCUCCACCGUCUCGCCGAGUGCCAGCAAGAGUCAUGAGUACUUGUCAACUCGACUCCUCAACUGGAGAUAACUUUCUAGCACCUCACCAUGGGGAAGGACGCAUUCAUAUGCCUUCACCAGCACCUGCAUUAAACAUGCAGAGAGUUACACAAGGAACGGCAGUCCCUCCUCGACUCCCUCCACCCCCCUCACCAGCAGCCCUCAACAUGUGGCAGACAGAGGAGCCUGGAUCCAGCCUGGCCUACAGGCCAACAUGGCGAGGGGGAAGAAUGGCCGACAACAUUUCCUGCUCUGACAUCUGUGGAGAACAUUCUCUCCCUGAGCAGCAGGAGUGUACCUUCACGGAGGCCACACAAACACCCUACAUUGAAGAGGAGGAGCCAUACCCCCCGCAUAUUAAAGAGGAGAAGGACCCACAGUCGCCUUCAUUUAAAGAAAACAAGGCACCACAGUCCCCCCAAAUUAAAAAGGAAGAGGAACAGCCCCCCCAAUAUAUAGAGGAAGAGAAGCAACAGCAUUCUCACUUCAAAACAGAAGAUGAGAAGCCACAGUCUCCUCAAUUUGUAGCAGAAGAGCAACAUCCCCCUCACUUUAAAACAGAAGAAGAGGAGCCAAAGUCAACCCAAAUUAAAGCGGAUGAGUCACAGUCCACUCACAUUGAGGAAGUUGAAGUGCCAGAGUCCCCCCAAAUUAAGGAGGAAGAUGAGGAUCCACAGCCUCCUCAAUUUGUAGAAGAAGAGCAACAGUCCCCUCACUAUAAAAGAGAAGAGCCACAUACCCCUCAAAUUAAAGUUGAGUCACAAUCCCCUCACAUUGAGGAAGAUGGGGUGCCACAGUCCUCUGCGUUAAAAAGGAAGAGGUGCCACAGCCCCCACACAUUAAAAAAGAAGAGAAUGAGCCACUGCACCAGUAUGGUAAAGAGGAAGAGGAGGAGCCACAAAAGUGAAAGUGAGGAGAAGAGAGAGGCGGAGCCUCCAAGCAACAGCUCAACUCAACACAUAACAGAAGCUGAUGGAGACCACUGUGGAGGAUCACAAGCAGACAAGAUCUUAGCUCCACUAUCAGAUAGUGACGACACAACGUCUCACUCUCCUGACAUUGAUGAUGAAGAUGAUAAGACAUGUCACACUGACAACACACGCUUUAAAUGUUCUCACUGUGACAAAACUUUUAAUUGGCGUAGUAAUCUGAGAGUACACAGGAGAACACACACUGGAGAAAAACCCUUUUUAUGUUCAGUCUGUGGUAAAGGUUUUGCACAAAAUAUUCAUCUGAAAAGACACGUAAGAGUGCACACUAGAGAAAAAUCAUUUUCUUGUUCAGUCUGUGGUAAAGAUUUUGCAAAAAAAGGUGAUCUGAAAAGACACACAAAAAUCCACCCUGGAGAAAACCCCUUUUCCUGCACAGACUGUGGCAAAAGUUUUGUGGGACAAAGUGAUCUGAAAAGACACACAAAUAUCCACACAGGAGAAAACCCCUUUUCCUGCACAGACUGUGGCAAAAGUUUUGCGGGAAAAGGUGAUCUGAAAAGACACAAAAAAAUCCACACAGGAGAAAAACCCUUUUCCUGCACAGACUGUGGUAAAAGUUUUGGGGGAAAAAGUGUUCUGAAAUUACAUACAAGAAUGCACACUGGUGAAAAACCCUUUUCCUGCACGGACUGUGGCAAAAGUUUUGCGGGAAAAGGUGGUCUGAAAACACACACAAAAAUCCACACUGGAGAAAAACCCUUUUCCUGCACAGACUGUGGUAAAAGUUUUGCGGGAAAAAGUGCUCUGAAAUUACACACAAGAAUGCACACUGGUGAAAAACCAUAUUCCUGUUCAGUCUGUGGUAAAGGUUUUGCACAAAAAAGUCAUCUGAAAAGACAUAUAAGAAUGCACACUGGAUAAAAAAAAAACAUUUUCCUGUCCAGUCUGUAGUAAAGGUUUAAUACAAAGUAAGACUCUUAAAGUACACUGGAGACAAACCAUUCGCCGAGAAGGCAUUAUUGAUAAUGCAGAGCAGAAAGCACACUGGUGAAAAUCCUUUUAUCAGCUCAGUCGGCUUUAAAGGUUUUUAUAGACAGUUUAACUUUGAAAAGACACAUGCAAAAACACACACACACACACACAAGAGAAACCAUUUAUUUGCAGUGUUUGUGAUGAAAGAUUCCCUAAUAAGUACCAGUGUAAGACACACAAGUGUGCGGGUGAGAAGAGCAGCAGCAAAUGAAGACGCAGGAUGUUUUGUCAUUGUUCUGUGUGUUACAAGCUUGACAAAUUGCUUUUGACUUUUAUGUUCCAACACGUUUACCCUUGCAUGCUAAGAGCAUUUUUGAACUGUAAGCGAUCUACAGCUUUAAUCUUUGUUUGGUAAAUAACCAGUGUUGGGUUAGUUACUGAAAACAAGUAUCUAGUUACAGUUACUAGUUACUAUAUUUCAAAAGUAACUCAGUUACUAACUCAGUUACUUACACCAAAAAGUAAUGUGUUACUGUGAAAAGUAACUAUUUAGUUACUUCUUUUUUUCUUAAAGCGCCCAUUAAUGCCCUUUUAGCCUUCAUUUCAGUACUGUUAUUGCACUGGAGAAUAAUACAAUGUGUUGAUCAACUUGACAUGCAUUUGCAUCACUGAACUCUGCUAAGCAAUGUGGUCUACAUACAACACACAAAGACAAAUAUAUGUUACAAAGGCCAAUUUGUUUCUGGCCAGAACAAAUUGACAAAACUAUUUUAAAUAGCUGCAACAUAACAUACAUAAGUAACAAACAGCAUAAUAACAACAUAGCUGUAAACCAAGGAAGGCACACACUACAUACACAAAGCCUAACCAGGUGUUUUUUCUCUCAAGAAAUUCUGAAAUAAAAUCAUGUCUGAAGCCCAGAACACUCUACACAUUUCCCCAGUUUUAGUUUAGAGAUAAGGAAAGAUUGGCCUGGCGCACUAGCAUCCCUCUUUAUGUUUGUGAACUUUAUAGUCUAUACAUUUAGAGUGAUGUGAUAAUCAAACACUCUAGAAGUCUAGAAUGAAAGAGCAACAGUAUGUAAGAGAAUUGACCGCAUCAUUCAGUACCUUCAGUGCUGAAUGAUGAGCAGAGGCAGAGUUAAUCCUUAAGUGGUGGCAUUGGAGUCUCUGUCUCUCUUUACUAGCUUCGUCGAAACAUGUUGCUUUUGUAGCUUGUUUCAGCAGAUUUGAAUUGCUGUUUUGGGCAGUAGAUAGGAUCUUUGAUCCAAAGCACAAUUUACAUUUAACUAAAAUGUUAUUUUCUUUGUGCUUGACAAAAGAAAAGUAGUGAAAAUAUCUCCAUGUUAACAAACUCGACUUCUGGCUCCGCCAUGAUCAGAUACGCCCCCCUCCCUCCCCACACUCACACCCACACCCAGACACACACACAGAGCACACGUCUCUCUUCCUCGGCUUGUGACACAAGAAGAAUCAGAACGACGACACUGCAGCCAGCGCUCCAAUAAAACACACUUUAUACUACAUAAAAAAUAACGUAAAAUAACGCAGUAACGCAUCAUGUAGUAACGGUAACUGAGUUACUGAAUAUAAAAAAUAACGUGUUAGAUUACUAGUUACCGCCGAAACUAACGGCGUUACAGUAACGCGUUACUUUGUAACGCGUUAGUCCCAACACUGUAAAUGACAGACCAUGACACUCCAUCACACUUCAACAUCUCUAACAUGUAAAUACUGCCUCUUUCCUAGAUCAGCAUUGUAAAUGUAAAUAUGUUCUAAAUUGUUUUACCCUGGAUAAAUAAAUGUUAAAUAAAUACAUGUAAACUAGGAAGUAAAUGUUUAUAUAAUACAUUACCCAGAAAGGUUAGUGCUCUAGACAGGAACAGGAAGUGGGUUUGAGUUAUGUUGGAGGACAACAUUUGUGCCGUUUGAUCAAUAAAGAGUUGAUAUACUGUUACAUGUGGUUGUUCUUGCUUUGUCUACAAAAGAAACACGCUUGGAUAGGACAGCUGCUUGAGCGUCGCUCUGAGACUAAUUUGAUUGGCCAAAAUGUGGGAGAAGUAGCAAGGCCACAGAAACACGCUUGGAU